GGGGGGGGGCGGGACAGAUCGGUGUCCUCCACCGUCCGCAGGCAGAGACUCACGACUCACUGACUCAUCGCCGACACUUGUCGACCUCUGCGCCAGCCACUCAACUCUCAAGCCCACCAGGCCAAUAGCCAUGUCGUGUGCUUGUGGUAUUGCCACGAAAGACCUCUCCAAAAACUCGCUUGUGUGCGGAGGAUGUGGAAAUGUUGCUUCGGCGACUUACGGUCGGAUCGAGGACGCCGAGACCGAUGCAAGGACGAUGAACGAUCGCUUGUUGCGGUGCAAGGUGUGCAAAGAGGUGGCGUGGCGCGGGAUGGAGAAUGCAAACGUGGAGAAGAUGAAGGUCAACCUCGCUUCUGGCUCUGUUGCACCCGCUGGCGCGGUGCCCAAAUCUACAGUUGUGGUCGACUCGGCGCCUGAACCUGCGCAGCCGGAGCCAUCUCUUGCGGACCUGGCGGCAGACUGGUGAAACCACGUGGUGCGGGUCGGACGACGAGCUCGAUAUCCAGACAAGUACUGCGACUACAUCGAGGUUACCAGAUCUGGCUGGGGACCAGAAGGCUCGAUGCUACCACUCUGAUCGGAUCAUGUGUUUGUGGCACUGGCCUUGCCGUCGUUGGAGAUCACCAUCCAUCCACAACGCCCAUGGGACCGCAGCUGUCAUCCACCACCGGCAAGACAAGCGGCAGAUGCAUCUUAUCUUCCCUCGUCAUGUCAUCGGGCUCGAAGUGUGCGGGUGAUGCUCCCCCCCCCCCCACCUCCUCCACCUCCUCCACCUCCCCACCUCCCUCUCAACCCCGAUGAAUUCGCC